GGCGGCCAUUGGACAGUUCGGAGAAAAACUGUGCGUGAGGAAGUAAGACUUCCUUUCUGUUUUCGUCAACCAUAUUUUUUUUGCUCUCUUGAUGAGAUAGAUUACCAGACCUUUAACAGAGGAAAUAUGGAUUCAGGUGAAGCAGAUAGUAUAAGUUCAGACUGUAUAGCAGAAGAUGGUGAGAUUUUUGAAGUGGACCGAGUUAUUGACAUCAGAUGGGUAAUAAAUGAUAAUGGACGAGAAAAAGUAGAAUAUCGGGUGCGGUGGAAGUAUUAUAAACCAAUUGAUGACACAUGGGAGCCUCCAGAACAUUUUAAAGAAGAGUGUGGUGUUGUUCUGUGUGACUUCCAUAAGAAGUAUGAGAAGAUGAAGAAGGAA